CCCCUGUCCGUGCGGCAAGUGGCGCAGUCACGGUCUGGUUCAAAAUGUUGCUGUCCAGUUCCCGCUGUUUUGCGCCGUUCGACUUCUUCGCUGGUGUGGAACUUCCCGAUACAAAGACGAGACGACGACCUCUCGCUCGCACCGACAGCUUACCGUCGUCCCACGGCUACACUCCGGCACUCCCUCCAAGCGCUCGCAAUGACUUCAAAGCGCUCGCAAUCCGGAGGUCUCCUCCUCACAGCCCUCACCGCCCUCACCCUCUUCAGCCACCAGCCCGUCCACGCCUUCGACCCAAUCCCCGCCCCCAAAGCCUUAACCCCCAACACAACCUACACCAUCCCCGCCCUCUCGUGCUCAGUCUUCACCUACACCGUCCCCCUCAACAGCUCCCUCACCCUCGCCGUCAGCGUCGCCCCCGCCAUCCUCGCCCUCGGAUACUCCCCGGUGGCGCCAACAGGAACGGAAUGCCUGACUCCCGACAGCGGAAAUGUGAACUACGUCAAACUACUGGACACGACGGGCGCGGCCAGCACUCUACCACCGCUGACGAACGGGUUAUAUCAGCUGCGGAACGUGACGCAGGAGAAAUGCUGGACGAGGCCGGUCACGCUGUACUUUUACGCGGCGACGGGGUGGAGUGGGGCGUAUGGGAAGGAUGGGAGUGAUGCGGUUAAGAACUUCACUGUUGGGGAUGUUGUUACGCCGUUUGCGGUUAAUAGGACUUGCUCGGCUAUUGAUCCUUCCGCGGUGCCGAAACCUAAUACGACGACUGGUGGAGGAGGGGCUGGGGGACCGGCGAUGCCGACGUGGACGUUGUUACCGCCGCCGCCGGAUGCAAAGAUCGUUACGGCAGGUGCGGUGGACAGCUUGCGUGCUUCGUCGGGUCUGCUGGGAGCUGUACUGGCUGGUCUUGGGUUCCUCGUCGUCUUGUAGCAUAGGAUAUUCGGGCUUCCGUUUUGGUAAUAGCAAGUGUAGAGCGCCUUAGACUAGACUCCUCGAUUGCGGCGUAAUCCUUUUGGUAUGCAGUGAAACCCAUUUUUGUGCCGUUCUUCCAUCCUUCAUGAAUCAAUAUCCUAUAAUCAGUACUUCUAACGGAUGAUGGUCGACAAACGACCGAUACUUUUC